AAGACUUUUUAGGCCUUUUUUAUCUCGGCCCAGGCCUUUGAAUUUUCAGGACCGGCCCUGACGGAAGGCACUACUCAAGCAGCGAAUUCUGAAAAUCUCAAACUAGACAAAGCACUUAUGUCAGUCUUAGAUCGACUUGCUGAGUACUGAUGCAACAAGCUGAAGAUGGUCGAAGCAUAAAAUCACUUCUUCAAGACCUUAAGGUGCAAAGGUUUGACCAUAUGAAUGGCGUGGAGAGUUGUAGGGAAAAAGUGUAUGUUUUCUUGUCUCAGGAAAAACUUGACAUUGACAUCCAAUGAAGCAGCAGUAUUGGUGUCCCCCAAUCUAAGUGAGGCGCUAAGAUCACUUACCAUUUUGGCUAGAUAUACGGAGGGAUAUUAUCUAUGUCCGGAGUUAUUGGCAGGAAAUGCUGGCACUUGUUCCAAUAAGACAUUUAUAAGGACUUUCCAUGCCACUCCAAAAGCACUUGGUAGGAGAUUUGAUGAUGAAGCAUUGGGAUCAAAGACUGCAAAGAAAGGAAAGUUCAAGAAAAGGACAAAGAGUACUGCCCCACCUGUUGAAAAACCUUACAUACCUCCCAAACUAAAAAAAGCUGGCAGCUCAUCAGCUGAGAGAAAAAUUGACAUAUUCGAAGGGAUGACUAUUGUUGAGCUUGCCAAGCGGUGUGGAGAAUCUAUACCUGUUGUGCAGGAUAUCCUUUUAAAUAUGGGGGAGAAAAUUGGAUCAGAAUUUGACCCUCUCAGUAUUGACGUUGCUGAGCUAGUUGCAAUGGAAGUAGGAGUUCAAGUCAUGAGGCAGCAUUCAGUUGAAGGCGGUGAACUCCUACCACGACCACCAGUUGUCACAGUGAUGGGUCAUGUUGACCAUGGAAAAACAUCACUUUUGGAUGCCCUGCGGCAAACUUCUGUGGCAGCUAAGGAAGCUGGAGGCAUAACUCAGCAUUUGGGAGCAUUUGUUGUCAGCAUGUCUUCAGGGGCAUCAAUCACAUUCCUUGACACUCCUGGCCAUGCCGCAUUCAGUGCAAUGCGAGCUAGAGGUGCAGCAGUAACAGACAUAGUUGUGUUGGUAGUGGCUGCUGAUGAUGGUGUCAUGCCUCAAACACUUGAAGCAAUCUCUCAUGCAAAAUCUGCUGAUGUGCCGAUUGUUGUUGCUAUCAACAAAUGUGACAAGCCUGCAGCAGACCCACAGAGAGUGAAAGUUCAGCUUGCAACAGAAGGGUUGCCCUUGGAGGAGAUGGGUGGAGAUGUUCAGGUUGUUGAAGUGUCUGCAGUAAAAAGAACCGGUUUGGAUAGUUUAGAAGAAGCUUUACUUCUGCAGGCUGAGCUUAUGGACUUGAAAGCACGUACUGAUGGGCCAGCUCAAGCUUACGUAGUUGAAGCAAGGCUUGACAAGGGACGGGGUCCAUUGGUUACUGCCAUAGUGAAAACAGGAACACUUGUUUGUGGCCAGCAUGUUGUUGUGGGUGCAGAGUGGGGGAAAAUAAGGGCUAUCCGUGAUACGGUGGGAAAAUUGACCGAGAAGGCUAAUCCUUCAAUGCCAGUUGAGAUUGAAGGGCUGAAAGGGCUACCUAUGGCCGGUGAUGAUAUCGUCGUGGUGCAUUCUGAGGAAAGGGCAAGGAUGCUUAGUGAUGGAAGGAAAAAGAAAAAUGAAAGAGAUAGACUAAAUAAGAAGGUAGCAGAUAGACUUGUGGAGGAGCAAGAUGAGGAGCAAUCAGACGAUACAGAAACACCGGAGGAAAACAGGCAGAAGCCCAAGAGGGUGGAAUUGGCAUUUAUAGUAAAAGGAGACGUUCAAGGCACUGUUCAAGCUGUCACGGAUGUGUUAAAGGGCUUGGAUAGUCCCCAGGUUAAUGUGACGGUUGUCCAUGGUGGUGUUGGGCCAAUCUCCGAGUCCGAUGUAGAUUUGGCACAAGCUUGUGGCGCAUGUAUUGUGGGUUUCAACGUGAGAAAUCCGCCCACUUCUCUAAGUCAGGAAGCUAACAGAGCUGGCAUAAAGGUGCGUGCAGUCUUCCUAAAAUGGUCAAUGUUUUCGAUCUAUCUAUCUACUCUUACGAUAAUAUUGCAUCGCGUGAUAUAUCAUCUUCUGGAGGAGGUGGGGAAGUUGAUCGUUGAAAAGGCUCCGGGGACUCUGGAGACUAAAGUCGCGGGAGAAGCGCAGGUGCUGAGCAUCUUUGAGACAAAAGGGAGGAGCAAAGCCAAGGGAGACGAUGUGAAGAUCGCCGGGUGCCGGGUGAUUGAUGGGCGCAUGAAGAAGGCGUCGUCCAUGAGGCUUCUCCGGAGCGGGGAGCUUGUUUUCGAAGGGUGCUGUGCGUCGUUGAAGAGGGAGAAGCAGGACGUGGAGGUGGUCGGGAAAGGGUCCGAGUGCGGGCUGGUCAUCCAGAACUGCUUCGACUUCCAGGUGGGUGACGUCAUCCAGUGCAUGGAGCAGGUGACCAGGAAGCCCAAGUUCGUCUCUUCUGAAAGUGGAGCCGUCAGAAUCGAGUGCUGAUAUUAUCAUAUUUCUUCUGGGGCUUUUUUUUUUGUCUAGUAAUGAUUUAAUCAAGCAGUCUUAGGUAGGGCUCAGCUUCAAGUCUUCUACUACACAAUGGUCACCCAGAAGCUAUGAAAGGACUAUCUUUUUCCAAUUUAUAAAUCGGAAUUACAGUACUUGAGAUGAAAGCUGAUUUUUUGCCAUCUUCUGUAUUUUUUGUUACAUGGGUUGCCUCUCAGUUGCAUGCAUUAAGUUCCCAU